GAUUAUAACUUAUGGCCGAGCACCGUCCACCCGCUGGCAUUGAUUCUUGCUACUAUUGCCUUGGCGACUACCUUCCUCCUACUCCAUUUUCUCCGCAAGCCCACCAGCCAACCCACGUCAACUUUGACGCCUCCUUUGCCCCCCCUGCCUGCGAGCGACGAAAUCGUGGCCCUGCGUGUCUACCCAAUCAAGUCAUGCCGGGGUUUCGAAGUCAAGUCUACGCAGCUCCUCCGAACCGGUCUAGACCUGGAUCGCAACUGGAUGUUCAUAUCAGCAGAUACAUGCGAGUUCAUCACUAUCCGAACCAACUCCAACAUGACCCUUAUCAGAACGAGAUAUGACGUCGAUACUGAUGGGCUCACUAUUUCCUGCAAGUCCCAUGAAUUCAAUAUUCCGGCUCAUCCUACGACUGAAUGGCUUAAGAGU